AUGGAAGUUGCGGAUCAAGAUGAUAUUCUGUUUGCAGAUUUGAGCAAGCAAAUCUCUCUUCUCAUAAUGGACGACGAAGAUCACCUCCCCUAUCCUCCGGUUACUUAUCAGGUAUAUUCUCGAGUUGUUCAGCCAAUGACACAGCCAGCACAAGUGCUGAAUUACGAGCAGAGCAAAGGAACGGGGGUUUUUAUACCGCGAUCGACACAUCGUAGAAGAAAGAGCAAGCAAGGAAGAUCGAAUACUGAUUACAAUGCUGCUGCUGCAUCAAAGAAUACUACAGAGUGCUCCCAGAACAACUCAAAAGGCCUUCUUGCUCCGCAGCAGGGCCAGUUGGCUUACAAUAAUUACACAUUUUACAGUUCUUUUAAUCACAAAAGGAUUUGA